AAAGAGUUAAUGAGUUUCUCAUCCCAAUCCGAACACUUCGCUUGUAACUCCACGUCUCUGUGUCUGUUAGGCUCUUGCUCGCUCUCCUUUCAUUUAACUCUUUCUGAUCAAACCAGGAAUUCAUGCCUAUUUAACGUUACAUGUCCUCCUUAGUUUACUCUGCCUUUCCAGUUCAGAAUUCAGAAGCAGAAAAAUCCAAUUCGCAGAUGGGUUUUGCAAGGAAAGAAUAUGAAUUUUUGACCGAGAUCGGAUUAAGUGAGCGCAACUUGGGUUGUUACGUGAAUGGCACGUGGAAAGCACGUGGCCCAGUGAUCACCACUUUGAAUCCUGCAAAAAACCAGGCAAUAGCUGAGGUUGUGGAGGGUUCCAUUGAAGAUUAUGAAGAAGGCAUGAAGGCUUGCAGUGAAGCAGCUAAGAUAUGGAUGCAGGUUCCUGCACCAAAGAGAGGCGAAAUUGUCAGACAGAUUGGGGAUGCAUUGAGGGCAAAACUUCAGCAACUUGGUCACCUUGUCGCACUUGAGAUGGGAAAAAUACUUCCUGAAGGCAUAGGAGAAGUUCAAGAAAUCAUUGACAUGUGUGACUUUGCUGUUGGAUUAAGCCGGCAACUGAACGGAUCAAUAAUACCUUCAGAGCGUCCAAAUCAUGCAAUGUUGGAGAUGUGGAAUCCUCUAGGGAUAGUUGGUGUGAUUACAGCUUUCAACUUCCCAUGUGCUGUUCUUGGAUGGAAUGCAUGUAUUGCACUGGUCUGCGGCAAUUGUGUUGUUUGGAAAGGUGCACCAACAACUCCUUUGAUCACUGUAGCAAUGACGAAGCUGGUAGCUGGGGUGCUAGAAAAGAACAGCUUACCUCCUGCAAUUUUUACAUCCUUUUGUGGUGGUGCUGACAUUGGUCAAGCAAUAGCAAAAGACACACGCAUUCCUCUGGUUUCAUUUACUGGGAGUUCAAAGGUUGGCUUAAUGGUGCAACAAACAGUGAAUCAGAGAUACGGUAAAUGCUUGCUUGAAUUAAGUGGAAACAAUGCUAUAAUAGUAAUGGAUGAUGCAGACGUCCGGUUAGCUGUUCGUUCUGUUUUGUUUGCUGCUGUUGGGACUGCUGGACAGCGGUGCACAACUUGUCGUAGGCUGCUUCUUCAUGAGAGUAUCUAUCACACAGUACUUGAUCAACUACUUGAUGUAUACCAACAAGUUAAAGUUGGGGAUCCAUUGGAAAAAGGUACCUUGCUUGGGCCAUUGCAUACUUCUGAAUCAAGAAAGAAUUUUGAAAAGGGAAUAGAGAUCAUUAAGUCCCAGGGAGGGAAGAUCCUAACAGGCGGUUCAGUUAUAGAAUCCGAAGGCAAUUUUGUGCAGCCCACAAUAGUAGAGAUUUCUCCAAAAGCAGAUGUUGUUAAGGAGGAGUUAUUUGCUCCUGUUCUUUAUGUUAUGAAAUUUCAGACUUUACAUGAAGCAAUUGAAAUAAACAAUUCAGUGCCUCAAGGACUAAGCAGUUCUAUCUUCACCCGCAAACCUGAAGUUAUCUUCAAAUGGAUCGGGCCGCAAGGAAGUGACUGUGGUAUUGUGAAUGUAAAUAUACCAACAAAUGGUGCUGAAAUUGGAGGUGCUUUUGGUGGUGAAAAGGCUACAGGAGGUGGUCGUGAAGCAGGAAGUGAUUCUUGGAAGCAGUACAUGCGACGAUCCACUUGUACUAUCAACUACGGGAAUGAAUUACCGCUAGCACAAGGCAUCAAUUUCGGCUCAUAGAAAACACAUUAAGGUCAAGCAUGUCUACUUUAAGCAUUAUAUUCGUUCAGAGCAAAGCAUUAAUGUCAGAGCUUUUGUGCACAAAACUAGAACCGGAUUUUAUCAGAAUAAGUGUCUGUUGACAAAUUAUAAUGAUAAUAAUAAUGUGUGAAGAUCAAUCGCGCGAAUUGAUGUUUAAAUGACUAUUUUCUAUCAAGUUUGAUUCUUCAAAA